GUAUUUGACUCUAGUGCGAAGCACAAAGGCAUCUCACUAAAUGAUGUCCUUCUCAGCGGACCUGACCUGAACAACACACUCCUUGGAGUACUCAUCAGGCUCAGAAAAGAACUCAUAGCAGUGACAGCAGACGUACAACAGAUGUUCUACUGUUUCCUUGUUCGUGAAGAUCACAGAGACUACUUAAGGUUCCUGUGGUAUGCAGACAAUGACUUUAACAAAGAAAUCACAGAGUACAGGAUGAAGGUACAUGUGUUUGGAAACAGCCCUUCUCCAGCUGUAGCUAUCUACAACCUGAGACGAGCAGCACAGCAAGGUGAAAGACAUGGUCAAGAAGCCACACAGUUCGUCAUGAAGAACUUCUACGUAGAUGAUGGACUUGCUUCUUUCUCCAGCAACGAAGAAGCUAUCAACGUCCUGAAAAGUACAAGAGAAAUGUUGGCAGAAUCCAACAUAAGACUGAACAAGGUAGCUUCCAACAGCAACAGAGUCAUGGAAGCAUUUCCAAUGGAAGACCGUGCUAAAGACCUCAAAGACUUGGAUCUAGGAACAGAAUCACCACCCUUGCAAAUAAGUCUUGGGAUUAGUUGGGACCUGAAGACUGACAGUUUCACCUUCAGGGUCUCCAGAGAAGAGAAGCCAUUCACAAAAAGAGGUGUCCUAUCUACAGUCAACAGUCUUUACGACCCCCUGGGGUUCGUAGCACCCAUCAUCAUGCAAGGUAAAGCUCUUUUGAGACAGAUCACUACUGAGCAAGAACAAAGUGACUGGGACGUACCUCUACCUGAAGAGAAGGAAAUGCAGUGGAAGUUGUGGAAAGACUCAUUGUUAGAGCUUGAACAACUCAACAUCCCUAGACCAUACGUAUCUGUUUCCUUGUCUGCAACAAAGAGAAGAGAAAUAUGCAUAUUCUCUGACGCCUCCACUAUGGCUAUCGCAUCUGUCGCCUACCUUAGGGUAAUAGACACUGAGGGACAAAGCCAUGUCGGGUUCAUCAUGGGAAAAUCUAAGCUGGCUCCUAGACCCGCUCACACUGUCCCACGUCUAGAACUUUGUGCUGCUGUCUUAGCUGUCGAAAUGUCAGACAUGAUUACAACAGAACUGCACAUCGAGAUCCAUGCAAUGAACUUUUAUACAGACAGCAAGAUUGUGUUAGGAUAUAUUCACAACGCUUCAAGAAGAUUUUAUACAUACGUGGCCAACAGAGUGACACGUAUCAGAAAGUCUACAAGUCCAGAACAGUGGCAUCACAUCAGCACAGACAAGAACCCAGCUGAUCAUGGGACGAGACUAGUGCCAGCCGCUGCGCUCAAGCAAACUAACUGGUUUGUAGGUCCAUCCUUUCUUCGUAAACCAGAAACCAAAGAAACUACUCAGGUAGAGACAUUUCAGCUCGUAGAGCCAGAUCAAGACAAAGAGGUAAGACCUCAAGUGACAGUUUGUAGGACUUUAGUUACAAAAGACAGUCUGGGCGCCCAUAGAUUUGAAAGGUUUUCCAGCUGGAAGUCGCUGACCCGUGCAAUCGGAAAACUUAUCUGUCUAGUCAGAUCCUCCUGCAGAGCUACCAAUACUGAUCAGCAUAGCAAUGACCACCUUGAACAAGCCAAGGUCACGAUCAUCAGAUGCGUCCAACAGGAAGUCUUUAAAGAAGAAAUCCAAGGCCUUCUGAAAAAGGAAGAGAUUUCUCAACACAAUUCGCUCAAGGACUUGUACACCAGGCAAUAUAAACAAGUUCAAAGUCUUGCGGACAUUUUCUGGAAGAGGUGGAGACAGGAAUACCUGAUAAUAUUCCAGCCACGCAAGAAAUGGCAAGAUGACAAGCCCAAUUUACAAGUUGGAGACGUUGUUUUACUGAAAGACUCUCAGGCCCACAGGAACGAGUGGCCUAUUGAACUCAUUGUGGGGACUGAUCCUAGUAGUGAUGCUAGAGUAAGAAAGGUUGAAGUUAGGAUUGUUAGACAGGGCAUUCCCAAAGUGUAUGCAAGGCCAAUUUCUGAAGUAGUUUUACUCCUGUCCAAGGGUUAGUGGCAUGACAAAAAGUAUGCCAGGUGGGGAGUGUGCUGCCUUCGCAAUGUAUUUUACAUGCUUGGCACUCAGCAGGGUCUGUUCCUUUAAGACCCUCCAUUUUCUUGAAGCCUAGAGGCGGGCCUUCUCUCUAAAACAUAGGGCUAGCUCCGGCAUGUCUCAUUCAUUCCAGCUCCAGCCACCACAGUGACCAGAUCCACAGGACUUCUUAAAGCUAAUACAGACUGCAAAUCUGAUAAAUACCAAAGCCUUUUUACCGCGUGUGUUCAUUAUAUCUCAGUAAAGAUUACAUCAGUUAAGCAAACCAGCGUGUCUUUCCUUGAGAUUCGGUAUAAACUUGAUGUGAAGCUGUGUCCACGAGACAGCGGAGACAUUAU